UUUACGUUUUAUGUCUGCUGUGAAGAUAUUUUUUAUAAUUUUUUCUUAAUUUCAGGUAGUUAUUCCAAGAUGAGUUAUAUAGAGAAAAUUGAUGGCUAUUUGGACUCUUUGAAAAUUGGAAAAAGUGCUAUGGUGGACUCCUGGUUCAUGAUGUCGAGUCCAACGCCAAUUUUGUCAGUCGUGGUUGCUUAUCUGCUCUUCAUAAGAAUCGGACCGAGAAUGAUGAAGAAUAGACCUCCAAUGAAAAUCAACAAGCUCAUAAGUUACUACAACGCCGCACAAGUUGUAUUGGCGACAAUGAUUUGUAUGAAGGUGUUUAAAUUGAACCUUUUCCGAGAUGGUAUCAUUUAUGCUGGUUGUCGAUAUCCCGCUAAUACUUUAAAUCCUAUGCUCCUCGAUUUGGGCUGGUGGUACUUCUUCGCUAAGUUUACUGAACUAUUAGACACUGUCUUCUUUGUGUUAAGAAAGAAGGAAAAACAGUUGACGUUUCUGCAUGUGUACCAUCACGUGAUAAUGGCGCUGUAUUCGUGGAGUUACCUGAAGUUCGCGGCGGGCGGCGAGGGCGCGGUGCUCGCGCUGCUCAACUCCGCCGUGCACGUGGUUAUGUACACAUACUACUUGCUGUCCGGCCUCGGCCCGCACUUCCAGAAGUAUCUCUGGUGGAAGAAGUACGUCACAACAAUGCAGCUGAUACAAUUCGUUCUGAUGCUGUCGUACUGCAUGUGGACGUACUUCUCACCGCGCUGUCAGUACGCACCUGGCUUCACCUACUUCAUAUCGGCCAAUGUAACUAUAUUCCUAAUUCUAUUCCUCAAUUUCUACACCAAAAACUACAAAUUAAAGAAUAGACAACAUAAAGCAAUGACCAAUGGUGUCAAAGAUGAUGUAAACGGUACAAAUAAAUGUAACGAAGAUGUGAUUGGAGAUAUCUGUAAGGGAAUUCCUAAUUUAGAAGAUAUACCUUGUAAAGUUGAAAAAGCUUGUGAAGAAAUUAUCAAAGAUGGGAAGGGAUAUUUAAAAAGACGUAGCGUUAAUGCUUUUGGCACCGAAUGUGAUUACGAUAGUAUAAUUAAUAAAUGAUUGUGUUAUAGUAAGUCGGUACGUCGUUCACUUGAGACUGAUGUUUGUGAUGAAGCUGAUGGAAUUUUAACUAGAAUAAGGGAAAAAAAAAGUAAAAGAAAAUAUGCAUAAACUAUUUUAUUUUCAAAUUAUUUCGAUGCUAUAUUAGAUACAAUAUAUAAUUACAAAAUCUCUGACCAUUGUAAGCUUUUAAGUAAAUACAAUUAAGACUAUAGUAUUGCUAAAAUAAAUUUAAGGUAAAAGAGUAAUUUUAAUAAAAUAAUUAUUAAUUAGUUUAGCCAAAAUCUUCGGUUUGUAUUUAGAAACGUAUUUCUGUGCCUUAUAUCGCGUAUUCACAAACAAUUAUAAUUGAUAAAAUAUAUUAAAUAUAAAUGUCCAUAUUUGGUGCUUUCUAAAUGAUUGUUUUCAUAUUUGCCACCUUUAAUUAAAUAUCUGCAUACAACAAUU